GGCCCAGGCCGGUCCCUUCUUCCCCAGCGUCCUCCCUAGCGGCUCCCGCGUUUCAUCAUCUCCAGCCCGCGGCCGCUGGGCGCGGCGCGAUCCACUUAGCCCGGGGCUCCAGCCGUUCUCCAGCGCCUCUCCUGGCCUUCUCCGCACCUAGGCCGGGAGUUUCCCGUGGGCCGGCUCCCAGAACCCGCGGGGCACAGCUGGGGGACCUCGCCAGCUACGCCUGAGCCAUUCAUUGAGAGCCCAAGUCCUCCGCCUCCUUCUGUUCAGAGCCGCAGGUAGCGCCAUGGAAAAGAGCGGCGAGACCAACGGCUACCUAGACAGCGCCCAGGCCGGGCCUGCGGCGGGACCUGGCGCGCCCGUGACCGCAGCUGGACGCGCGCGGCGGUGCGCAGGCUUUCUGCGGCGCCACGCGCUGGUGCUGCUGACGGUGUCUGGGGUGGUGGCGGGCGCCGGCCUGGGCGCGGCGCUUCGCGGGCUCCAGCUUAACCGCACGCAGAUCACCUAUUUGGCCUUCCCCGGCGAGAUGCUGCUCCGCAUGCUGCGCAUGAUCAUCCUGCCGCUGGUGGUCUGCAGUCUGGUGUCGGGCGCCGCCUCCCUCGACGCCAGUUCUCUCGGGCGCCUGGGCGGCAUCGCUAUCGCCUACUUUGGCCUUACCACGCUAGGCGCCUCGGCUCUCGCUGUUGCUCUGGCGUUCAUCAUCAAGCCUGGGUCUGGCGCUCAGACCCUUCAGUCCAGCGACCUGGGGCUGGAGGAAUCGGGCCCUCCUCCGGUCCCCAAAGAGACAGUGGAUUCUUUCCUUGACCUGACCAGAAACCUGUUUCCCUCAAAUCUUGUGGUUGCAGCUUUUCGAACGUAUGCAACUGAUUAUAGAGAGGUGAUCCACAACACAAGCACUGGAAACGUAACCCGUGAAAAGAUCCCCAUUGGCACUGAGAUCGAAGGGAUGAACAUUUUAGGAUUGGUCCUUUUUGCCCUGGUGUUAGGAGUGGCCCUAAAGAAAAUAGGCUCUGAAGGAGAAGAGCUCAUUCGUUUCUUCAAUGCCUUCAAUGAGGCAACGAUGGUUCUUGUGUCGUGGAUUAUGUGGUACGUACCUGUGGGCAUCACGUUCCUGGUUGGAAGCAAGAUUGUGGAAAUGAAGGACAUCAUCGUGCUCGUGACCAGCCUUGGGAAAUAUAUCUUCACAUCUAUAUUGGGCCAUUUUAUUCAUGGAGGAAUUGUCCUGCCACUUACAUAUUUUGUUUUCACACGAAAAAACCCGUUCAGGUUCCUCCUGGGCCUCCUCACACCAUUUGCAACAGCAUUUGCCACCUGCUCUAGCUCAGCAACCCUUCCCUCUAUGAUAAAGUGCAUUGAAGAGAACAAUGGUGUAGACAAGAGGAUCAGCAGGUUCAUUCUCCCCAUCGGGGCCACUGUGAACAUGGACGGAGCAGCCAUCUUCCAGUGUGUGGCUGCGGUGUUCAUUGCCCAGCUCAACAAUGUAGAGCUGAGAGCAGGACAGAUUUUCACCAUUCUAGUGACGGCCACAGCAUCCAGUGUUGGAGCAGCAGGCGUGCCAGCUGGAGGGGUCCUCACCAUCGCCAUCAUCCUGGAGGCCAUUGGGCUGCCCACUCAUGACCUCUCUCUGAUUCUGGCUGUGGACUGGAUUGUGGACCGUACCACCACCGUGGUGAACGUGGAAGGGGACGCCCUGGGUGCAGGCAUUCUUCACUACCUGAAUCAGAAGGCGAUGAAGAAGGGGGAGCAGGAACUGAGCGAGGUGAAAGUGGAAGCCAUCCCCAACUACAAGUCGGAGGAGGAGACGUCCCCUCUGGUGACACACCAGAACCCCACUGGCCCUGCGGCCAGCACCCCAGAACUGGAGUCCAAGGAGUCAGUUCUGUGAUGGGGCUGGGCUUCAGGCUUGCUGCCGAUGGUGGUGCCCCGCCACUGCCACUGCCACCAGGCACUGCUCUCACUGACUUUAGCCUCCCGGGCAAUACUUUGGCCCAAUCACCAGUUUGAGGGUCACUUCUCGGCACAGGCAUUGGGCUUCCCAGCGAGAACUGUUUAUGGAGGACCAGGACACCCUGACAUUUAGCUUGAUCCACAUCCAGGUGCAACUAUGUGUGCACCAGGCUCCGUUUGAAACAUGCCCUUGAGGGGCUAGGCUCUGGGAAACAACAGGUUCAUGGGGACCUGGUGGUUAAGGCUUGGAAAAAUGCAGAUGGACUCUUCAUUGCACCCAGUCAGUCACUCUACAUUGGGUGCUUUCCGGGCAAACCCAGGAGGCUUGCAGUCAUGUCACAUUGCCUUGUGAGCUGUAGUAAUUGGAAAAAUUCCCAAAUUCCUAGCCUUGGCUGGAAUUCACUGAGCUGGGAUUCUAGAUGUUAAGAGUUUGUACUACACCUAGGUGUGGCUGCCUCCUGGUUCACUGACUGCUAGUGGGCUGCAGGCUCUGCACACUGUCAAGUUAGAAGUACUCCAGAUGGUGUCAGCACUGCUGGGUUCUCUGGUCAGUGGCACUAAGUAAACAAUCUAAAUUCUGAGGUCAAAGAAAGGAGGGGGAGUCUAGCCUGCAGGGGAAAAGGAAGCAACCUAAUUAGGACAGGACACAUACACAAUUAUCCCCAUUCUCAUCCCAGGCUUGGGGAAGUUUACGGCACCUUGACCUGGGCAUCUGACAAUACUAUAGCUUUAUCCCCAUCUUCUCUGAUUUGGCAGCAGGCCAGAGUGGAGCCUUUUCUGGGGAGGUGUGAUGUGGUCAUCCCAUUCAGGACCCUGGUUAGAUUAUCACUCUCUUUUAAUUCAACUAGAGCCUCCCUAAAAUGCUGCUUUCUGGAGGCGGGAGGGGAAUGUACACACAACCCCCCCCCCCCCCGCAAAUCCUCCCAGUAACUGGGGUGGGCUGCCCCCAUUCCCAGGUCCCCAGAUGCCCUAGCUUCGGCUGAUUUCUGGGGACUGGGUUUCCCUUCCUGCCAGUACAUAAUAGUUUAUAAGCCAAAUGUCCACAUUCCUCCAGACGCCUGUUGGUUCAGUUUAAAUCAAGAUGAGGGCCUGUGUGGAGAAGACCAGUGUUGCCAGGGACAGGGAAGGCUUUUCAGGCACAAGACUGCUGUAGCACUGUGGCUGUUGGUGUGUAUCUGAAGUGUGACCUGCAGCGAGUCCUGGGGCCUCACUUCACCCCAUUUGUAAAAUGGGGCUGAUGUCACCUGCCUCUUUCCUACCUCAGAGGGAUUUGGUGAGGCAAACUGAGUGAAUCCAUGAAGACAAUCAUUUCACUUCUUGGAUAUCAAGUACUACCGUAACACCCCUAUGCUCUUAUUUUGUGCCUAAGUGGUACCUUUCUCCUCAUAGGCCUGGAUCUCCUGGUGAAGACAGCGCUUAUGGGCAGGGCUGUGUUCUCUGUGUGCAUUAGCCGCUUUCAUCACACCACUUGCUCUCUUUGUAGUAACUUGAUAGCAUCAAAGGCAGCCUCUUCCCGAUGUCCUUCAAAUGUUCAUGAAUGAACCAUCCCACCUCCCGUCGCAUUUCUGGGUACCAGACUUCCCUGAGACUCCCAGGCCCAGGCACCAUUUCUGCCACCCCACAGCAGGCCAUCAAAGCUCCCAAACGAUCAGCCUCGCUCAUUCCUUUGUUUUCCCUGUUGCUGUGGUUUUGCUGUCACCCAGGCCCUACAGAAGGGAACACACCAUCACGAUGUGUGUCCCAUUGCGGUGAGAAUGGAUGGACGGGACGGAAGCAGUCAAGCUCCUCCAUUGUAAAAUUAGGGGCCUGCGCCUGAGCAAAAGGAGUGGGGAAGAGCCGUGGGACACAGAGCUGACCCGGCCAGUGGGAAGGCCCAGCUCCCUCCCAAUUCUAUACCAGCUAAGCCACUCCCUUCUGUGAAGCCAGGAAUGACCAGGAACUGAGCUGAGAGAUGCCUGGAAACCUUUACCCUCUUGCUAGAGCUUGUUGCUAAUACCUUGAAUUUUUCAAAAGGGAAACAAUCACAUUGUUUGAUUCCAAACUGUAAAUGAGCAUUCACUACUUUUCAGGCUCUAGCACACUUCCUCUUUCCCUCUUCCACAUACAUAUGGCUGUGUAUGUACAUGCCUAUUCUGUGUGUGUAUGUAUUAUUGGUUUAGCUCCAAUCAAACAAGUUUGAGUUUAGAUAGAGGUGACCUAACUAUAAACUGUGUGUCUUCGGCAUCCUGAUUUUUACUGUUUUUAGUAGUGAAUUUCACAAAACGUGGAAAUGAGAGCUGGACAGUUAGACCCAGUGCCUGCACCUCUUCUAUCCUGGACCUGGAAAUGCAUCAAGGAGAGCGCUGUGGCCUGGAGAAGGAUUCUUCCAUGUAACAUCCUGAUGGUGGUAGCUCCCCUUCCUCUGGGAGGGAGAAGGUGCUGUUCUCUUCCUGUUUCUCAAUCCACAAAUGGAAUCAGACCCGGAGUGACCCAGCUGGGGAAAAUCCCACUUUCACAUUGUCUGAAGAUGUCCCCUCUUCUAACACAUUGUAAAAACUGUUCAAAUAUUGUUCGUCUGACUGUUUUGUAUGUGUGAGAUUUGCCUUAAACAUAGCCGUCCUCCAAAAUAAAUACAGUAUUUCUACUAGGA